CUCACAAAGAAGCGCCGCUUUCUCAUUUUCACGUUGUGGCUGCAGAGAUGGCGAGCACAAAGGUUCCAGAGGUUCGAGAUAUCACACGGAUCGAGAGGAUUGGGGCACAUUCGCACAUACGUGGCCUUGGACUGGACGAUGCAUUGGAGCCAAGACAGGUGUCUCAGGGGAUGGUCGGCCAGCUGGCCUCCCGUCGAGCUGCUGGCGUCAUUUUAGAGAUGAUCAAAGACGGCCACAUCGCUGGAAGGGCGGUUCUGAUCGCCGGCCAGCCCGGCACAGGAAAGACAGCCAUCGCUAUGGGCAUCGCCCAGUCUCUCGGCCCCGACACCCCCUUCACAGCGCUGGCGGGCAGCGAGAUCUUCUCCCUGGAGAUGAGCAAGACCGAGGCGCUCAGUCAGGCUUUUAGAAAAGCUAUCGGAGUGAGGAUCAAAGAGGAGACAGAGAUUAUUGAAGGAGAGGUGGUGGAGAUCCAGAUUGAUAGACCGGCCACUGGAACGGGUGCAAAGGUGGGCAAGCUGACUCUAAAGACGACUGAGAUGGAGACGAUAUACGACCUGGGCAACAAGAUGAUUGACAGCCUCAGUAAAGAGAAAGUUCAAGCUGGAGAUGUGAUUACUAUCGAUAAAGCCACUGGAAAGAUCAGUAAGCUGGGCCGCUCCUUCACCAGAGCCAGAGACUAUGACGCUAUGGGAGCUCAGACCCAGUUUGUUCAGUGUCCAGAGGGAGAGCUGCAGAAGAGGAAGGAGGUGGUGCACACCGUGUCCCUCCACGAGAUCGACGUCAUCAACAGCCGCACACAGGGCUUCCUGGCUCUCUUCUCCGGAGACACUGGAGAGAUCAAGUCUGAAGUCCGCGAGCAGAUUAACGCCAAAGUGUGCGAGUGGAGAGAAGAAGGCAAAGCAGAGAUCAUUCCAGGGGUGUUAUUUAUUGAUGAGGUUCAUAUGUUGGACAUGGAGUGUUUCUCCUUCCUCAACCGGGCCCUGGAGAGCGACCUGUCCCCGGUCCUCAUCAUGGCCACCAACAGAGGAAUCACACGAAUCCGCGGCACAAACUACCAGAGUCCUCACGGCAUCCCCAUCGACCUCCUGGACCGUCUGCUCAUCAUCGCCACCUCGCCCUACACCGAAAAGGAGACGAGGCAGAUCCUGAAGAUCCGCUGCGAGGAGGAGGACGUGGAGCUGAGCGAGGAGGCUCACACGGUGCUCACUCGGAUCGGCAUGGAGACGUCGCUGCGCUACGCCAUCCAGCUGAUCAGCACCGCCGGCCUGGUGUGUCGUAAACGCAAGGGGACGGAGGUCCAGGUGGAGGACAUCAAAAGGGUUUACUCUCUGUUCCUGGACGAGGCCCGAUCCUCUCAGUACAUGAAGGAGUAUCAGGAUUCCUUCCUCUUUAAUGAAACGCAAACAGCUGCCAUGGACACCUCUUAA